AUAGGAUAAUACCGUAAAUUAAUGCCAACUUGUACCAAAUAUUACAACACCUUAUAAGAAACUCCACAUAUUAAUUUAUUAUAAUUAAUUAAAAACAAAUUUUAUUAUUUGAAAAAUAAAAAAAAAAUAAAAAAUGAGAAAAUGACAUCUCCUAAUUUAGAAAACAAAACACUUAACUCAUUUGUAGUUGUAAAACAUUAAUACCAUUUAGCCAAAAACCUUACCAUUUCUUCUCAAAAGAAAAAAAAAAUGGAAGAAACCAAAGCUCAUCAACUUCAUGUCUUCUUCUUCCCUUUCAUGGCUCAAGGCCACACAAUGCCAACCAUGGACAUGGCCAAGCUCUUCGCUUCAAGAGGGCUAAAAGCCACCAUUGUUACAACCUCUUACUACGCACAAAACUUUUCUAAAACAAUCGAGAAAAGCAGAGCCUUUUUAGGCACACAAGUCGAAGUCCUUACAAUCAAAAUCCCUUGUAGCGAUGUUGGAUUACCUGAAGGAAUCGAGAGUGUUCACAUGGUCUCUUCACCCGAAAAUAGACUCAAAUUCUUUGAAGCUUGCGGUAAGCUUCGAACCCAACUCGACCAACUCCUUAAACGACACCGUCCUGAUUGUCUUGUUGCCGAUACUUUCUUCCCUUGGGCCCCAAACGUUGCUGCUGAAUCUGGGAUCCCAACUCUUAUAUUCCAUUCCACAGGCUAUUUCUCUUUGUGUGCUUCUCUUUGUGUGUUUUUGUACGGACCCCAAACGAAGGUGGCUUCUGAUUCCGAGCCUUUUAGUACCAUUCCUAAUCUACCGGAUCAGAUCGAGGUCAACAGAGACAGACUACCCGUUGACUUUUUGAGAGAAGGUGUUGUUGAGAAUGAGUUUUCUAGUUUGUAUAAAGCUACUAGAAAAAUGGAAAUAGGGGGUAGUUAUGGGGUUCUUGUUAACAGCUUUUACGAGCUUGAAUCUGGUUAUGUUGAUCAUUACAGGAAGGUUUUGGGGGUUAAGUCAUGGCAAAUAGGACCCCUUUGUUUGUACAACAAAAGGGCUCGUGAGGAGGCUGAAAACUCUGUUGAUAGACACGAGUGCUUGAAAUGGCUCGAUUCCAAGACACCCAACUCGGUCAUUUAUAUGAGUUUUGGAAGUGUUGCUAACUUCAACGAUGAACAGCUUAUGGAGAUUGCAACUGGGCUUGAGGCUUCUGGGAAAUUGUUCAUUUGGGUUGUGAAGAGGGAGAAGAAAGAAGGGGUUAAAGAAGAGUGGUUGGGAGAAGGAUUUGAGGGAAGAAUGAAUGGAAAGGGACUCAUAGUAAGAGGAUGGGCACCACAAGUUUCGAUUUUGGAACAUGUAGCAGUUGGUGGAUUCAUGACACAUUGUGGUUGGAAUUCGACUCUGGAAGCUGUCUCUGCAGGGGUACCAAUGGCCACAUGGCCUAUUGCGGCAGAACAGUUUUACAAUGAAAAGUUGGUGACUGAAGUACUCAGAGUUGGAGUAGAAGUUAGUGCAAAGAAAGUUGUGAGAAGGGUUGGGGACAUUGUCAAGAGAGAAUCUAUAGAAAGAGCUGUUAGGAGGGUUAUGGAAGGAGAAGAGUCAGAGCUAAUGAGAAACAGAGUCAAGGGAUUUGCAGAGUUGGCUAAAAGAGCUGUUGAAGAAGGUGGUUCUUCUUGUUUGGAUCUAAAUAAGCUGAUUGAAGAACUAACACAUCAUCGUAGUAAUUCAAGCUAGCUAGUAAUGCUUUUGCUGAAAAGGGUUUAUGAUAUUUAGAGGUAAAAAUGAGCUUUUCUUCCCAGAUUUAUUUUUGCUAGUUAAGUUCAUUUUAUACAUAUUUCAUCUGUGAAAUCAUAGUUUUGUUCCUAUUUUCUUUUAUCUUGUCAAACAUCUAGCUAUACCAGUAAAUGACCUGAGUAUGGUUAGAAGUAACAAAAUGGGAAAUGAAUUAUAGUCCUUGAUCGUUUGGAAUGAAGUAGAUUGACCCUAGUUGCACUGAAGGGGCACAAAGCUAGUUUAGCUAAUCCUUUGUGAAGAAGUGGCUGCAAUUAUUUUCUAGCAGGCCCUAGAAAUGAAAUGCAUAAUUAUUGCAUUAUUAUCUUUUGUUCAUUUCUUGUUAAAUACUGAUAUUUGAAAAGCUAUUAUAACUCUA